GCAGAUUUCAGUCAGGCUGUUUUGUAUUGAAGGAGCCAUUAACAAACGCGGAGGUUUUGAGGAAGAAAGCCUGACAGGCAAGGUGAGCCGCACAUACAAAUGAGGAAAGCAAUUUGACUUAUAGGCUAAUCAGGUCUCAUGAGCACCAUUAUGCUUUCAUUUCACAUAAUUAAAUAACGGCGUUUUUUUUUAAUGUAAUUUCCUGUUGAGCUUGCAAAAUUUGUUCACAUUGCUCUGAAGUGAUGUUACUGGAUUCGUCCUUGUGUAGUCUGAGAUGAACCUUUUCUUAACAUGACGGCAUAUCCUUUUCUUACAAAGCGUUGCAGGCACAUUUUAAAAAGUUUAUCGUAUAGGUGGUUUUAUUUGUUUAAUUUGUAACCCAUUUGGUUGAUGUUAAAGCUACAGUUCGUGGCACACAGCCAACAAUCGGCCUUGUUUUUCCUUCAUUUUGAGAGCUCCUUCUCAAUAAAAGCCCCCUCCCUCGGGAUGUAUGUCAUUGCCCUUACUCUUCAACGGAGGCGGGUCCAGUGCCGUGGAGGCGGACUCUUAUUGUGAAAGCGAGAAGAGGCCGGUACAAUGCUUAGUCACGUUGUCAGCUGAGCCGACAGCUUCCUAGUAAACACAGCAGUGCAAACAGAUUCCUUAGCUGGGAAACCUCAAGGAAGACUUCUCCGUAGAAAGCCACCGAACACCCCCCCCCCACCCUCCUCAUUCCCAAAGGGCUCCAAGUUACCCAUAUGACGCUUUUGGCACUCGACCUUCAAUUUUUUUUUUCUUCCCUUUCAGAGUUGACAACCCUUCCAUUGCCUCAUCUGCUGUAUCUUACUUUGCAGCUCUCAGCAGAAGCACAGCACUCCGAAGGCAGAUUUAAUUAAUACUUCUUUAAAAUGAAGCCGUGAAUCAAAUUUUUUUUCCCCACUCUUUGGAGUAAUCAAUAUGCAGGACAGACCUGCCCCAGUGGUGAAUCUCGCAAGCAUUCACAUCAAUCUUCAGAUAGGUUUAUUUUUUACUUAGGGGAUAUCUGAUGAAUUACUUUAUUAACAACAUUUGAGCAAUUUAAAUAAAUCUGUUGACAUAGACCUAAAAAAAAAAAAGAUGAUUCCCUAGAGAAGUUACACAUAUCUUCAUAUCUGACUGUUUUUGUGGACUCGAUUGAUUGACAAGCUGCUGUCGACGUCCCCAAGAACGGAAAGAAAAACGCUUCUGUUGUCAACUCAAACAGCUGAACUAAAAGAGACUCUCUUCAGUUUUCUUGAACGUGUUCAGUUCUUACUGUCACAGAAAUAUUCUGUGCCUGUCAUCCUCUGGCUUGGUUUUGUAAAGUUAACCCUCAGAGGAAACCCAGAGGAAUCCUGAACUCAAAGACAUUUUGAUUAUGUUGGAACUACAGCAUGUUACAGCGCACCCAGCUAUGACUGGCAGCUCGCAUAGGCAUCUUUAGUAAUGCCCUAAUGAGCGGUAUGGCUGGACUCGAGUGCUGAACAGAGCAAGGAACUCCUCAUGUCCUCAUAAAUCAGAUUUAAACGUGAACCCUUCCACACAGACAACAAUCAGGCAUACCCAGGAGAGCCUUUUCUUUUAUUUUACCCAUGCUUGCAUGUGGUGCAAGGAUGCCCCAUAACAGUGUGUGCUGUUCUUGAGAAAGAGACUAAGGAGGAGGAGAAAGGGUAGGAAAUGACAGAGUGCCUGACAGAAUGCAAAGCGCUGGUGACUCCGUCCACGCGCAACGGCCACCGCGUCUUCAGCUACACGCUAGAGAGCCACACGGCAGCCGCCUUCGCCAUCAUGAACGAGCUGCGUCUGGAGCGGCAGCUGUGCGACGUCACACUGCGUGUGCGCUACAAAGACCUGGAGGCGGUGGACUUUGUGGCUCACAAGGUGGUGCUGGCCUCCUCAUCCCCGGUCUUCAGGGCCAUGUUCACCAACGGCCUGAAGGAGUGCGGGAUGGAGUUAGUGCCCAUCGAGGGCAUUCACCCGAGGGUAAUGGACAGACUGAUAGAGUUUGCCUACACAGCCAGCAUCUCUGUGGGGGAGAAGUGUGUGAUCCACGUGAUGAACGGCGCUGUCAUGUACCAGAUAGACAGCGUGGUCAAGGCCUGUUGUGACUUCCUGGUCCAGCAGCUCGACCCCAGCAACGCCAUCGGCAUCGCCAGCUUUGCUGAGCAGAUCGAUUGCACCGAGCUCCAACAGAAGGCCCGAGAGUACAUCUACAUGAACUUCAGCCAGGUAGCGACCCAGGAGGAGUUCUUCAACUUGUCCCACUGUCAGCUGGUCACGCUCAUCAGCCGCGAUGAGCUCAAUGUGCGCUGCGAGUCUGAAGUUUUCCAGGCGUGUGUGGCCUGGGUGCGCUACGACCGGGAGAACCGACGACCGUACGUCCAGGCCUUACUCCAGGCUGUCCGCUGCCAUUCCCUCACCCCCAACUUCCUGCAGGCACAGCUCCAGUCUCUAGACUGGGACCCCCAGUGUAAAGACUACCUGGCCCAGAUCUUCCAGGAUCUCACCCUCCACAAGCCCACCAAAGUAAUUUCUUGCCGAACUCCCAAGGUGCCACAGCUCAUCUACACGGCAGGGGGUUAUUUCCGUCAGUCUCUCAGUUACCUGGAGGCCUAUAAUCCCUGUAUGGGAACCUGGCUGAGGCUAGCUGACCUGCAGGUACCCCGCAGUGGCCUGGCAGCCUGUGUGAUCAGUGGGCUUUUCUACGCUGUUGGUGGAAGAAACAACGCGCCUGAUGGUAACAUGGACUCAAACGCGUUGGACUGCUACAAUCCUAUGAACAACUGCUGGCUGCCGUGUGCACCCAUGAGCGUGCCUAGGAACCGAAUCGGAGUUGGUGUCAUCGAUGGCAUGAUAUAUGCAGUUGGUGGAUCACAUGGGUGCAUUCAUCAUAAUAGUGUGGAAAGGUAUGAUCCAGAAAGGGACCAGUGGCAGCUGGUAGCCCCCAUGUUGACACGGCGCAUCGGCGUGGGUGUGGCUGUCAUCAACCGGCUUCUUUACGCCGUGGGAGGGUUUGACGGGGCCAACCGGCUCAGCUCCUGUGAGUGCUACAACCCGGAGAGGGACGAGUGGAAAACUAUGGCCCCCAUGAACACUGUCCGCUCUGGAGCUGGUGUGUGCGCACUGGGGAAUCACAUCUUUGUGAUGGGAGGCUACGAUGGCACCAACCAGCUGAACUCAGUGGAGCGCUAUGACGUGGAAACUGAUACUUGGAGCUUUGCUGCCUCCAUGAGGCACCGGCGCAGUGCUCUGGGAGUCACUGCAUUACACGGACGCAUCUAUGUAUUGGGAGGUUACGAUGGCAACACUUUCCUGGACAGCGUGGAGUGUUACGACCCAGAGAACGACACCUGGUCAGAGGUGACUCACAUGACCUCAGGGCGGAGCGGCGUAGGCGUGGCCGUUACCAUGGAGCCCUGCCAAAAAGACCUGUCACCGUGUCAAAAGUCUGAGAGGGAGAGUGGUGCAGCGUCCUCGGCCUGUCAGUCGGCCAGCUCCGGGUUUGGCUCUCAUCACAGUCCGAGGCAGAGCGGGCCCUUCAGCAAAGGCACCUGAAGCUCAACUCAAGACCCUGUCACACAUGCACAUAUACAAACAAGCACCCCCAAAACCCAGCUCUGUCUUCCCAAAUCAAAACAAGGACCCUCACAACUGAUUAGAAGCAAAGGUGAGCUGAAACACCACAUGCUGCCUCACUGGUUAUAGAUAUCACACUUGAUGUGAAUUAAAAACAACAAAAAAAAAAAAGAUAGAAAAUCUGUGACACUUUAUUUUGAAAAUGCAGUGUUGAUACUCUUCUAUAAGGUGACAAAACUGUCCAAAUCACGUACGAUCCCUCAGACCAGUUUCCAAGACUUGAAAUUUGAUGAAUUUGUUUGUGGUGAGUUGCGCUUCGCCAAAUCCGACCUGGACCUCAGACCAUCUGUGUGUUCACAUCUGGUAUUUGAAGUCCUUGGUUGGACCAUCACCUCCCAGGUUUGAACCAUGGGAGGAAAGGGCUGCAUACUAAAUCGAGUCACAUAUGGGCUCACAGUGUCAUCAGGGGAAAAGUUGGAGAAGUUUAAUUUUGAGGGGAGGAAAAAAAAUCAAAUAAUCCCAUUAUGUAAAAAAAACAAAGACAAAAAAAGUAGCAUUUGUCAGUUAGUAUGGGCAGUAGAGAUCAAAGUGCCAUUACAAUGCCUGUGGGCAUUACUGUCAUCAGUAUAUUGUCACAAGGUGCUCAUGUUGGAAAGCCACAGUCAGUGUGGUGCAUAGAAAUUGUACAAGUAAACACAGGCGGCCACAAAAUGACAAUUCUACAUGACGAUGGACCUCAUGCAAGAACAUUUUUAUUUUCUUGUCCUAAACCUUUUUCUUUUUUUCUGUGACGCUUACUCAUGUGUUCCAAGUCAGACUGAGCAACUCUCUUUACUGCACAAACUUGUUGUAAAUUGCUCAUUUAAACCCAAUUUAUGCCACCUCUUCGUGAGGAGGUGCACAUUUGACUUGUGUGCAUAAUCAGUGCCCCCAGGGCACUAUAUAUGUCUAUUUGUUCUGCUUAUUCCAGAUUCCAUAAGUUGUCACUGCAAAAUCUGGCAGUAAAAUCUUCAAAGAUACAACAGAAAUUAAGCUCAAAGUACUAAUAAAUUGCUUGCACAUGCCAAUUAGGAAUGAAUCUAGUGGUUCUUGCAUGAGGCCUCAAAUUCAGGUGUUGAUAUGGGAGAAGCAGGACCUUACAGUAACUGCAUUAGUAACUAAUGUGUCCUUUGACUAAUAUCCACUGGUAGGUUCAUAAAAUGUGAAAUUUUUUGGAAAAAGGUGUUAGAAAAACAACGAGAGACUGAGCCUGAUGUAAUUGGUAUCCGGAGUGCCAAGAGGAUGAAUUAAAUGGGUUUCGACUGUGUUUAGAGGAAACAGAAUACUGUAGCAUUUAAAAACUUGGAUUCAAAUAUCUCACUGAACGUGUUUUAUAAAAACACUAAUUACUGACACGAUUGAGAACCUCUCCCUACAGUUGACUCUUUGGUUUUCACAUCCACCAGACCUCAGAAACAGAAGUGACCAUGUUUGUGCAUUAGUGUUCAAAUAUUGUAUGCUAAUGACAAAAACUUGCUUAAAGAAGUGUAUUUGUAACAGCAAUUUAAGCUACAAAGGUUUUUAAGUGACGUUUUGUACAUUGAUAUUCUAAAAAGUCUUGUACAGAAUUUCAGAGCUCACUUUUUUAUUUAUUUGUUCAGAUUCUUUUGGUUUUUCUCGUUCCUCUAAACUGACAUCAGCUUUGUAUUGAAUUGGACCCUGGUGUUGUGUUUUUGAAUAACUAGCAUGCAUUGUAACUGAGUAGGAAUGCCUGUUAAUGCUAAUUUUGGAUGUUUGUAAAAAAAAAAAAAAAAAAAAAAUUUUGCUUCACUUUUAAAGGGACUUUUUUUCCUGUCCGUCAUUAGUUGGAAUGGAAAUUAGAAUAUUUAAGGUCUGCUUUGUACAUUUUUUUUCCAGCAAAAAAAUGCCCUGUACAGUAAUACAUUGUAAAGUAAAAUAUAUGUUUAUUGUA